AUGGUCGAUCGGGAGGAAGACAAAAAUAACGGACAAAUGAGCACCAGUCCUUCUCUUACCCCAGUCGAAACUGAUAACCAGACUCAAACAGACAAGCUUGUCGACGAGAAGGAAGCAAGCUCCCCAUCUUCCACUUCAUCAGAAGAGGAUGAUUUCUUUCAGAUAGAGGGUGCAAUGCUAAACAGCACUAUCUCAUUUGACCCAAAGCAAUCACCACCAAUCCAGGCCAUGUCUAGGGCAUCAGAUGAGUGUCCAGACCCAAAAAGAAUCCCAUCAUCUGUUUUCGCAAGGUCAAAAUCAUCGACACCCACAGACUGGAGUGUGACAUCAAAUGAAUCUCUCUUUAGCAUCAAUGUUGGGAAUGCAAGCUUUUCAAAGGAUCAUUUCUUCAUGUACGGCAAAUCAGGUGAACUGGGCAACCCCAAUGACCCAUUGGCGCCACUGCCGCCGUUGCCAAGGCAGAGCCCUGUCUCUAGCCCCAUGAAAAGCGAGAUGGCGAAGACAACCGGACAGGCCAGUGCCAAGGUGAAGCCUACUGCUCUCAGGGAUGGGGACCAGGAUGGAGAUGAGAAGACCGAUUACAAUCAUAGCGUGUCACACCGGUCUGAUGCUAGCACAACAAGUUUCGCAUUUCCAAUAUUGGCAGGGGACGUGAGGUCCAGUGGAUCCUUGAAAGAUAAUCAACCUGAGCUUGCCCGGCAAAGCACAGUGCAGCUGGCACAGCAAAUGGAGCCCCAAGUUGAGCAGGAAGCACCGAAAGUUAAAGUCGAGGCACCAAAACUUGAACAAGCCCCGGUCCUUGCCCCAGCAUCGGCGCUGGCACCGGCGUCGACACCACAACAGCCAGCAACGACAAAAUGGUUUCCUUGGUGUUCUUGCUGUCCAUUCUGUUGCUGA